UUUUCAAGGAGUACUUUCUUGAGAAGUGGGGAAACGAGGGAGCAAGGUUGGCUAUGAGGAAUAGAGCACUUAUUACCUUUGAUGGAGCAGGAAAAGCUCUCGCCCUACAUGAAAGCGACCGUCUCUUCUUCCAUUCAAUUCAUAGGGAGCACUGGUUUUUGUUUGUCGUUGAUAUUGUUGCAAGAAAGUUUAUUUUUCUUGAUUCAGUAUACGAAGGGAACUUGCCCUACCACAUGCAGAUAAGAGAUAUGAUGGUAAAUUUUUUUAUCAAAACUUGGGAAGAGUCGAAUCAGAGAAGAAUUGGGUUAAGGAAUUAUGAUAUAGUUUACCCAAAUAUGCCAAAGCAAAUUGGAAGAGAUGCUUGCGGGAUUUUUGCUUUGAAGUGGAUGCAAACAUGGGCCUCAAGGAACCCCAUGCAAAGAGUUUUUAAGAUGAGUGAUGUCGCGGAUGCGAGAGUAAGACUCGCUGUCGACAUUCUAUUCAGCACAUACAACACCAACGAAGAAGCCAAAAGACUUGUCAAGAAUUUCAAAUGGCGCUAAUUGGGCGAAAACACAACCAAGUUCAAUGCAACCAGAAACGAGUAACCAAACUGUCCUCAAGAGACGACCAAAUGAAGAGCCAACUACAUAGGAUUUUUUUUAGAUUCUUCUUUCUAUUUGUUUGUUCUAGCAAGCCUACUACAAAUACUUUGGAAAGGGCAAUACUCCUUGUCUGUGUAAACAAUA